UUCUUAUCAUUUGAUCAUCAGUUCAAACAUAAGUGAAUUCCAUUCAAUAAGGUCGUCAAACAUAUCGAGGUUAAAAAGUCAAACCACAUCAUCAUCAAUGGAGGCUCCUGUUGGUUUCCUGGUUGUUUCUCUUCUUCUUUCUUGCUUUGCAACUACUGGCUAUGGUGUUACUUUCAGUUCCCUUCAGAGAACUCUUGAAGUCACCGCUUCACCUACACAGGGCCAAGCUCUCAAGGCAGGGGAUGCAGAUAUUACAGUGACAUGGGGAUUCAAUCGGACAUUCCAAGCUGGGACAGACUCGGCCUACAAGACCGUAAAAGUGAAACUAUGCUAUGCACCCAUCAGUCAAAAGGACCGUUCAUGGAGGAAAACAGUGGACGAAAUGAAAAAGAACAAGACUUGUCUGGUAAAGAUUGUGGCUAAGCCAUACAGUGCAUCAAACAACUCCUUUACAUGGACUGUAGAGAGAGAUAUUCCUACUGGAACAUAUUUUGUGAGGGCCUAUGCGUUCAAUGCUCACGAUGAAGAGGUAGCCUUUGGCCAGACCACAAAUGAUAAAAAAGAGACGAAUUUGUUCCAGAUCCAAGCAAUCACAGGUCGCCAUGCGUCACUUGAUAUUGCAUCCGUCUGCUUUUCUGCUUUUUCCAUCGUCGCUUUGGCCGGUUUCUUCUACAUGGAGAAGAGUAAGGGAAAGGCAGCCCAACAGAAAUGAGUUUAUCAACAAAACGGUAUGGGGAUUAAUUUCUUGUUACUCGUGGCAUAUUUGAAGAAAAAAAAAAAGAAUCCUAAUUUUGUUUUAAUAUAGUG